AAAUCGUCGAAAUCGAACCCGCCCGGGGGCGCAUUGGCGUCGCAUUCGGACGCGAUGUUGAAGAAGCAACAACAGGCCGUCGGCGGGUUCGUGCACGCCGCGCCGAAGAAGAAGAAGGUGCUGAAGGAGCUCACGCCGGAGGAGGACGCGGAGCUCAGGGAAGCGUUCAACCUGUUCGACGCGGACGGCAGCGGGACGAUCGACAUGCGCGAGCUCAAGGUGGCGAUGCGCGCGCUCGGGUUCGCGGUUAGCUCCGAGGACGUCAAGGCGAUCAUGACGGAGUACGACGCGGACGGCAGCGGCGAGAUCGAGUACCCGGAGUUUCGAAACGUGAUGCGCGACAAGAUGGCGAGCCGGAACCCGGAGGACGAGCUCGCGAAAGCGUUUAAGGUGUUCGACGACGACAGCAGCGGGAAGAUCACGCUGAAGAACUUGAGGCGGAUAGCGAAGGAGCUCGGCGAGGACGUGGACGACGACGAGUUGCGCGCGAUGAUCGACGAGUUCGACGCGCGCGGCGCCGGGUACAUCGACGAGAGAACGUUCCUGGACAUCAUGCACAAGGGCGCGGACGCGGAGUGACGUCGACGGACGUACAGUACGUCGCCCUCGUCGUCCGCCUCGGGGGGUCUUCGUGUUGUAGCAGCAGCGCGCGUCGCGUGCGCAUCGUGAGUAAACUAUUUCGUAUCCUACGCGUU